GCUGCACGUAGCCAGCAAGCUACACUUUUAAGACCCGUCAUUUCUAUUUAAAUAAGACAUUGGAGCCCGCCGUCGCUCUGCCCCUCGCGCUGCCUGUGUUGUGUUGCGGCUGGAAAAAUGGGAUUUUCUUCCACGUAACUUGACGGCGGCAGCGGCAGUUGCUGUUGGACCGGCGUUUUUUUCGGCGCCCCUUCUCGCAGCGGAUUUACAAAGCCGGAGCCCGCAAUGAGAUUCAGCACCCUGGACAGCGACUGAGCGUCUCAGCACCCUGGACAGCAACUAACCGUCCACUGGAGGCUGUGGAGAGGCUGGCACGUGGCAAGAGGAGGGGGGGAAGGAUGGAUCUUCAGCCUGAUGUAAGAGCCUCCCCCCAGGGAAGCCGGCGUCGGACGCAAGGCCUCAUGGGCCGUUGACCUGCUGUCUCUGUGAUUUAUGGCGGCUGAGGGCCUCUGGCCACUGCAGACUCCUCUCCUCUCUCUCCGCCGUUUCCCUUCGCACACACUGCAGGACUGCGAGGAGCCACACACACUGCACCACCGUCUACAGGAGUAUCCAAAGAGGAAUUCCUCGCACAUGCUGAGCUGCAGCGCGGGCACGCAUACAACUCCUGCUUCCUACGCGGUUUCAUACAAAAAUAAACAGCUCCAUAAACAUUCCUACGCUGCAGCACUGUGUCCCACAAUCCCAUCACAUGUGCUUUAGACUGAGCCCGCUCUCAGAGUAUUCUCCAUUUGACUGUGUGUGGAUUACUAUCAGUCAUGGUGUGUCAGCUGUAGAGCCCUUGGUGUAGUUGCUACUCAGGAGCAGAGGCGGAUCAAUGGAAGUGCGUUGAGUAACGAGGUGAUGUUCCUGUUUUCACAUGGUCUGAGAGCAAUCAGCAGCCAGCAUCUCUCCGCUGAAUCCACACGCCGCUCUGCUACUACAUUGCAAUAACCGUCCCCCUCUACGGACUAUUAGUGCGGUGACUUAUAGUAUUAUUCUAAUAUUAGACACACUAGCAGGACAUUUGCUCCUGUGCACGCCAGAGCUGUCAGAGCACCUUAAAUAAAAAAUUUUUACUCCAACCAUAAGAGGUUUGGAGUGGACACAGUGACGUUUUUACCUUCUGGACUAUUUUUUGCUUUUGAGAGCUGGGGAGUGAGAGUGAGAGCCAGCAGGUGCCCUCGCCAUGGUGUUGCCGCCCCCAGACAAACGCCACGUGUGCCUGACCACCAUCGUCAUCAUGACCAGCAUGGCCUUCAUGGACGCCUACCUGGUGGAGCAGAACCAGGGUCCCAGGAAGAUCGGUGUGUGCAUUAUAGUGCUGGUAGGGGAUGUGUGCUUCCUCAUAGUGCUGCGGUAUGUGGCGGUGUGGGUUGGCGCCGAGGUGCGCACCGCCCGGCGGGGAUACGCCAUGAUCCUCUGGUUUCUGUACAUCUUUGUUCUGGAGAUCAAGCUCUACUUUGUCUUUCAGAAUUGUAAGGCAGACAGGAAGAGUUUGGAGACGGUGGCCCGCAAGGCUUUGACGUUAUUAUUAUCCGUAUGUGUGCCGGGCUUAUACUUGGUUUUAGUGGCUCUUGAUAGUAUGGAAUAUGUGAGAACUUUCCGGAAGAAGGAGGACAUGAGGAGUCGUCUGUUCUGGGUGGCUCUGGACCUCCUGGACCUGCUGGAUAUCCAAGCCAACCUGUGGGAGCCCCAGCGGACAGGCCUGCCCAUCUGGGCCGAGGGCCUGAUGUUCUUCUACUGCUACAUCCUGCUGCUCAUCCUGCCCUGCGUGUCGCUCAGUGAAAUCAGCAUGCAGGGCGAGCACAUGUCGCCGCAAAAGAUGAUGUUGUACCCGGUUCUGAGCCUGGUCACCAUAAACGUGGUCACCAUCCUCAUACGAGGUGUGAACAUGGUGCUGUUUCAGGACAGCCGCGUUUCCACCAUCUUCGUCGGGAAGAACGUGGUGGCCAUCGCCACCAAGGCGUCAACCUUCCUGGAGUACCGCCGACAGGUGAAGGAGUUCCCCCACCCGCAGAACGCCAUGGCACUAGAGCUGCAGCAGAACAGCCACACGCAGCCGCUGCCCAACGCCACCAGUUUGCCACAUGAACCUUCGCCGGCGCAGGACGUCAUUGACACAUGACCGCCAGCGCUGGACUGAGCACCAUUAGAAAAACUGACUGCUUUUUAUGAAAGCUCCAGGAAUGGGAGGUAGAUAAAGAAAUCAGCUGCAUGACAGGAUGAUAUUCAGCUCUUGUCAAGCCCACAUGAACCGCUGUGAAACCAUAAAAGAGAUUUUCAGCAUCACCUGCCU